CACACACACACACACAAGAUAGACUGAGAGAGAGUGGUGAGGAAACACCUCCUUCUGCUCUUAGUUGUCUAAAUGUCUCUCAGACGUAAUGGAACUCGGUGCUGAAACUCUGUUCUAUCACAGGGUUCUCCUGACUGGAUAUUUUUUAUGCUACACAUUAAGAAUUGUAACCUCUGAUAUGGAGUUCUUCACUAAGGAAUGCACAUUUUCUCCUCUACAUGGACAUUUUGUAUCUGUAUUGUUCUUCUGAAUGUUCCUGAAAUCUGGGGAUGCCACUGAAUUUUUCUGAAGAUAUAAUACCUUGUCUCAUGUAGAGUUUAUCCUGGAUGUUCGAAAUUUCUGAAGAUUUCCCAGGAUCCUCGAUGAUUCUGAAAUCUAUAGGUUCUCUUGGAUAAUUAAUUAGUGUGAAAGUUCUCUUGGAUUAUGACACAAGAACCGCAAUGCUCAUAAAUUUUUAGGAAAUCUGAACAUGAUAUGUUCCUGAAUGUCCCUCAAAUGUGAAGGCAUAUACGCUUCAGAAAUAAUAAUGAUCAUUUAGAUCAUUUAAUAUAUAAAGCCUCAGCUGGAUGUAUUUAGCACUCUGGUAAUUAAUCCAGAAUAUUGAUUAAAUCUCAAGAGAACGCUGGACGUAAAUGAAAUCUGAAAACUCAACCGUAAAAAAGUCCUCCAGAUGUUUCUGAAGUGUGGAAGAUCUUGUCUUGAAGAAGCUCCACUGUAGUGCAGUGGGUUGUUAUGAGGAGACUCAAAGAGGAGUUUAAGACUUGACCUGACUGAUUGCGUAUGAACGCAGCUCUGAUGCUGCUGAAGUUUGUCAUCCUUCUCUGCUGUUUUAUCAGCAGCUGGUCAGCGCCAUGGAGACCAUGCACAGGUACACUUCCGCACCUAGAACGGCAUCUGUUACCACUGGACCUGCUGCAUCGUGUCCUUCCUGUUGUAGGCAGUCACCAGACUCGGGUCCGGAUGGUUCAGUCUCAGGGUUCAAGAGGACUGAAGCUCUCUGGACCUCCACAGUCUCUGAGAUUCCCAUCAUCACAGAUCUUCACCAACUGCAACUUCUUCCCUGCUGAGUUCUCCAUCGUGGUCACACUGAAGAUCCCCAAACUAAAUCCUAAUAAAGAUGAGUACAUAUUCACUCUUUUGGAUGGAGAUUCGGAUGAGCUGCUUGUUGGUCUUCGUCUCGCUCAUGAUAAAGUGCACUUCCUGAGGCGGAUAGAUGAGAAGACGGAGCGCGUGACCUUCAGACAGGUGAACAUGGCGGAUGGACACUGGCAUACAAUGGUGCUUGCACUCAGUGGACACUAUGCUGUAUUCACUCUGGACUGUGGCAUCCCAGUCGAGCUGCAGCUGGAGAAGCCAUUUCCUGAGCAGUUGUACAUAGGUGGCUCCACAUUCUUCAUUGGCAGCAGGAGGAGAUGGAGUGGCCUGUUCUCUGGUUUGAUUAGACAGCUCGUCCUCAUGCCCGGAUCAGAUGCGUCCUCUCAUCUGUGUCCCUCGUCUGAUCCCACAAUGUCUAUUCUGUCAGUCCCUCAGAUUCUCUUACACCUGCCAGGCAAACCUCCAACCAAUCAGCUUCCACUUUACCCCUAUGAGGCGGAGUUGCGUGUUACUCAGCGUGUUCCUCCGGUGUGUGUCAGUGCUGUAGUGGGCCAGGUGUGGUUCAGCAUUGAGAAGAGAUCGCUGUUCCUGUGUAAUGGCACUACAUGGAUCACCAUGCUACAUGAGAAAGAGAAGUUGGAUUAUGUUGAAGAUCAUCAGGAUCUCUUCACAGACUCAGAGACAUUUGAUAUUGAGGUUUUUCAUCUCCCGUCUCUUGGUGUGUUCAUCGCUACGGCGAAUCGUGACUCCAGCCAAGGUUCGGUCAUUUAUAGGUGGACCAAUGGCAGAUUCGAGCGAUUUCAGAACAUCAACACGUAUGAUGCACAAGCAUGGAAAUUCUUCACUGUAGGAAAAAAGAUUUUCUUGGUCGUAGCAAACUCCAGAAGAAUUGAUGGUAAAAAAUUUGAGCUCUCAGUGAUUUAUAAAUGGAGAAUGAAGAAGCAGCGCUUUGUUGAGUAUCAGAAGAUUCAAACGCACAGUGCUCGUGACUGGGAGGCCUUCCGUAUCCAAGAUGACAACUUCCUCGCUGUGGCGAAUCACAGAGAAGGUGAGAUGAACCACAACAUAGACAGCGUGAUCUACAGGUGGAACCGACAGACCAGGAAGUUCGAGAUUAAUCAGACCAUCUCAACAUCUGGAGCCUAUGACUGGGAGUUCUUUACCAUCGGACCGUACCACUUCCUGGUGGUAGCCAACACGUUUAAUGGCAAAUCCACUGACAUUAGCUCCACCAUCUAUAUCUGGAUAGGGGGAAAGUUCCAGCCAUUCCAGUACAUCACGACAUUUGGAGCAAUUGAUUGGGAGAUGUUUCAGAUUGAUAACAGGUUCUUUCUGGCUGUAGCGAACUCUCAGAAACUCAGUGACUCCAGCACAGUUCUCUACAACAUCAACUCCACCAUCUAUGAACUUAACAUGACCUCACAGAGUUUCAUUAAGUUCCAGGAUAUAGCAACAAGCAGUGCUUUAGAUUGGGAAUUCUUCACUGUGGGUGACGAUAAGUUCCUCGUGGUGGCAAACUCAUAUGAUGGAGCUUCAUACUCAUUAAACAGUGUUAUAUAUAGGUGGCAGGGUUAUGAAGGAUUUGUGCCUGUGCACAGACUGAACACACACGGAUGCAGAGAUUGGGAAUUCUUCACUUCCUCUGAUGGAUCUUACCUCAUUUCCUCCAGCGCCAGAGCUCCGUACUCCAAAGUGCUCAAACUGAAAACCUACUUCCAGCGUUGAGUCCUCAAAUCCACAACAUCAGGACAAACAAAUCAUUUACAGCACAGCAUAUAUACAGCAUUAUAUCAUGUCCUGCUUCCAACACUGACCUGUGUGUGUGAAGUUUGCAUGUUCUCCCCGUGCUUCGGGGGUUUCCUCCGGGUAAUCUGGUUUCCUCCCCCAGUCCAAAGUCAUGCAUUGUAGGCUGAUUGGCAUGUCCAAAAGUGUUCGUAGUGUAUGUGAUUGUGCUCUGUGAUGGACUGGCACCAUGUCACCUGCAUCAUAUGUUCAUAUGCUCUCGAGCUCGAGCUUGACUUUAUGGUCUUCUGGUAACUUAAGGUGUAACUUAAACCCCGCCUUCUCUGUGUUUUUAUUGGUGGCUGUAUUUAACCGAUCAGGAUUUCUCUGAUUGGCUGCUGGCAGCCAGAAAAAAAGCGAGAAAAACAUUUUUAAUGUAGAUCAGUUUAGUAAAAUAUUGAUUAGCAUAAUAAAAUUCAGUAUAAUAAAGUUCCAUAAAAUUAUGUUCUGUGAAUAGUUCCAUAAAAAGAUGCAAAAUAAAGUUUGGUCAAAUAAAACUGAAGAUCAUAAAAAAAUAAUUCGCUAAAAUAAAGUUAGAUAAAGUUUGGUAAGAUAAUAAAAAAAGAUAAUAGAGAUAGAUAAUAAAAAAUAUAAUAAAAAGAUUAAUAAAAGUGUUUAAUAGAAUAAAGAAUUAUCUACACUGGAACAUUACUGAUGCAGUUGAUGCUAAACUCUCAUCAAUAUUUAAUUUUCAGAAUAGUGUUCAUAAAACAAAUGUUCAAACGUUAAAGCUAUAAACGUGUUACAACAGGCAAUUAUAACCUUAAAAAUUUCAUUUAUUUUGUAGAGCGAAUAUUUUACUUGUGGUAGCUGCAGCGCCAUCUGUUGGACACACAGUAUACAGCGUUAAGAAUUAAUCUUCAAGAACUGUUUUUUUUUUUUUUUUUAAACAUGUAUUUAUAUUUAAUUUACUCAGCGUUCUAUUAAGAACACUUGUUUAUCUCAUUAACAAUUUCACGACUGUUUACAACCACAAUUUAUCUGUAAUUCAUUUGCACACAGUGGAGCAGAAAGUCAUAUUAUUAUUAUUAUUAUUAUUAUUAUUAUUAUUAUUAUUAUUAUUGUAGUAAUAGUAGUUGUUCUUUGAUUCUUAGUUAAUGCAAAUGAAACUGGCAGCUAGUAGAGAAAAGCGUUAUGUAGGCCUAUAUGUAUGAAAACAAUAACUGUUCAUUAAGUACUACAUUUGAUACUAUUUUAAUUAUAUUUUCUAGGAUUGUUUGUUGUUUAGAAUAAUAUAGUAAAUGUUACCCGUGUUUCAGACAUUUAUUCUAUAUAAAUAUAUUUAUUAUUAUUA